GAAGGAGGAGCCAAGACGGGUCUGGCUGCGGGAGGUACCUCGAUGAGACCCAAGAUGGCUCCUUCCGUCUAGUGUCCUGUGAGGCUGGCGCGGAAGGUCCCUGUCAGCUCCUCGAAGGUCACGCGUGACCCUACUCUUAUGCUUGUGUGGUUGCUGUUGUAAGGGAAGAGACGAGAGCAAUGGCAGGGAGCCUCUCUUUGGGGGCAGGCAGGGUCCUAUGGGGCCGGGUGCCCUUAUCCUGCAGAAGCUUCUCUCUGGGUAUUCCCGGAAUGUUCCACGUAAGGCUCACCCUCCCGCCUCCCAAAGUGGUUGAUCGUUGGAACGAGAAGAGGGCUAUGUUCGGGGUGUAUGACAACAUCGGGAUCCUGGGAGACUUUGAAAUGCACCCCAAAGAACUGAUCAGGGGCCCCAGAUGGCUUAGAGGCUGGAAGGGGAAUGAAUUGCAACGUUGUAUCCGAAAGAAGAAAAUGGUUGGAAAUCGAAUGUUCCUUGAUGACCUGCACAACCUUAACAAACGCAUCAGCUACCUCUACAAACACUUUAACAGACAUGGAAAGUACCGGUAGAAGAGAAAGCUGGGAACUGUGGAAGAGACACAUCUGUCACGGGGGGGGACAGUACUUUUCCCUUUGGGAUUUGUAUGCUCUCUAAUAAAAUGGGGCUUCUUUGGAA